UGAACCACAACAACCGGAACACGAGAAACAACUGUGAUAAUGGCGUUAGACGAGCGCUGCCGCUUUUGCAAAGGUAACUUAAGAGUCAAUGGAACGCUGACAAAUACGAAAAAAGUAUUUGAAGCAAACAAAGCACUUAAAGAGAAAACGGUCUUCGAACGGUUGCAACAACUGGGAUUAACUCUAAAAAAAUGCAAGUCGAGAUCCAUUCGGAUCUGUAGGACAUGUCUCCGACUGAUCAGCAGAUUAGAAAGUGACUUAUCCGUGUUUAGAAGAUGGCAAGAAGAGGAAAGAGAAGACAGUGCCGUGGCAGCCACCUCAAGCGACGCUGCACAGGGACCUUGCCAGACAUUUGAAGCUGUAAGGCUGGAAAAAAGGGACAGGGAGCCGAGUCCAUCUACACCGAGAUCCAGCAAGAAACGACGUCCUGCAUCCCAAACUCCAACCCCAACAAAUGCACCAACUAGACUUUUGCCGAAGCCAGCCGACAAGAAGCCGGUAUUUUGGAGCCAUACGGAGGUUGUGAUUCACUACCCAUCACGUCCAGGAGAGCUCCCACAGCAUUAUGACUGCAGGGAGGAGCAGCUAUUGGAGCAGGAAGUGAACUACUGUCUACAGGAGGAGGAACCAGACCCUCCUAGGAUCAAAGAGGAACCAGAAGAACCCAGACUUGUACAGUUUAAAGAGGAGCAGGAUGAACUCGGACCUCCAAAGAUCAAAGAGGAAGAAGCAGAACCUCCACAGAGAGAAGAAGAAGAACCAGGUAUCAGCUUUCCUCCUGCUGCAGAAGAUGUGGGAGAUGAUGCCAUCUGUGAUCAACAGUUUCAAGAGGACCAGGAAGAACCCAAACCUUCACAGACUGAGGCACUUUGCACCAAAUGGGAAGGAGAGCGAUUUAUACUGUUUGAAAGUGUUCCUUCUGCUGAGGAGCAAAGUGAUCUACGUGAAGCAGAAGAAGUACCAUGCAAUGAGCAGUUCCUCUCUGGUGGCUCUGAAGCCCAAGAUCGGAAAAACUGUAGUGACUCAAAAUCCAGGGUAAAUGCAGAAGUGAAAAAACUAACGUACUUCAUUGUGACGGUGUGAACAAUGUUCCUGAGGCAGAGAAACAAGCUGAACAUCAAAGUAUCUGUGGUCAAAGUUUUAGCCUACAGAGAACUUUGUUGGUCCACAUGAGAACUCACACAGGUGAGAAGCCGUUUUCUUGUGCAACAUGUGGAAGAAGGUUCACUGUCAAGUGUAAUUUGUUGCUCCACAUGAGGAUUCACAAAGAGAUGAAGUCAUGGAUGUCUCUUCAGGAAGUCGAGCUUAAACCCAGAAUCAGCAGGGAUCAUCCCGUUUAUAAGAAUAUUUUUGCUGAUAUUUUUAAAGUUAUUUGUGAAUUUUACUGUUGAGACUGUGCUGAGGUUAAAUGUUUUGUUUCUGUUUUGUGACAACAGAUGAGAUUUGAAUGCAUUUGGUUUCUACUUUGUGGAGCGAGAGGCUGACAAAUUUUUGCAUCACAAAUCUCAGAAAAGCACAGUUUGUUUUUAACAUGAUCAUUUUUGAUGUUAAAUUUGAUUUUUUUUUUUUGUUUCUUUUUGUUUUUCUAUUUGAAAGAAUUUUCUUUCUCUGUAGCCAGACACGCCACCAGUUCUUCUUUUGCUGUAUAUUUUUCAAUAAAUGAGACUUUAUUGGAAACA